AUGUAUGUCGUUAUUGGUUUAGGUCUCUUCGAGACGAAUGAUCUUACUCAUGAAUAUGUUCAAUAUUUACAAGGGAAGGAGUUAAAACAAUUAACGCUGACGCUAGCGCAGCAUAUUCGUCAAGCGCUUGUGAAUAAAGGCCGUGAACAUAUGCACUCGGAGUGGAUCGAAUGCGGCCUAUUUGAACUCUCGCACAUGCUGUUAUUUGAAUCAUCAAUCAAAACAUUAUAUGGUGACAUUGAUCCAUUAUCGUUCGAGCGCGAAUACCGGAUAUUCGAUUCCAAUAUACACGUUCUCAUGUAUCCGUAUCCAACAUUUAUCUUUAAACAAUUGUAUUCUUCACUGAUCAAAGCGAAACAGUUCCUAAUUAAACAACUUUAUGAAAGACAACACCAUCCCCACGAUCAAGACCAACUCGAUCGAACAAGAAGUUUAUUUGUUAAAUUUAUGAAUGAUCUAAUGUGUAAAUAUCCCGAACAGACAGUCUCUAUUAAUGACAUUGGUAGUUUCAACUUAGCCCUCUUGUGGUCGGCAAUUGGAAAUACAAUACCAGCUGUCUAUUGGGCACUCUUCUAUUUACUGACUGGUCCAACAGCAACAAUCGAUAUAAUAAAGAAAGAAAUUCAACAACACCUUUCUUUGUUCAUCAGACUCGAUAUUCCUGAUGAAAACAAUGAUUAUCAGCUAGAUCAAUUAGAUAAAUGUGUUCAUCUGGAUAGUGCAAUUGAUGAAACAUUACGUCUAGUAGCAACAGCUAUGAUACUAAGAAGAUGCUCGAAGGACACUAAAAUUACAUUAGAUGCCGAACGAACACUGUUGAUAAAGAAAAAUGAAGCGAUUGUCCUAUUUCCGUGUGCAUCCCAUUAUGAUUCGCGAAUAUUCCAUAAUCCAUUUCAAUAUAAACAUGAUCGAUUUUUGCCAGCGAAUUUGAAUGUCGAGCAAAAACGCUCAUUUCUUCCAUUUGGUGGUGGUAAAUUUAUAUGUCCUGGCAGAUCCAUGGCCAAGAAUACAAUUAAGAUUUCGGUUGCAUUUGUCUUGCAACACCUUAACAUUGAGUUCUUAAAUAGUGACAUCCGUACACCGCCGUUGGCGAAAGAGAAAAUACCCGAUUUUCAAAACAGUCGAAUUGGAUACGGGAUUGCACCGCCAAGAGAGGAGCGUCGAAUUCGCUAUAGUUUCAAACAGUAG